CAGAGUGUCUCCAGCAUGCCUGAACCCGCCAAGUCCGCUCCGGCCCCGAAGAAGGGCUCCAAGAAGGCGGUGACCAAGGCGCAGAAGAAGGACGGCAAGAAGCGCAAACGCAGCCGCAAGGAGAGCUACUCGGUGUACGUGUACAAGGUGCUGAAGCAGGUGCACCCCGACACCGGCAUCUCGUCCAAAGCCAUGGGCAUCAUGAACUCGUUCGUCAACGACAUCUUCGAGCGCAUCGCGGGCGAGGCGUCCCGCCUGGCGCACUACAACAAGCGCUCGACCAUCACGUCCAGGGAGAUCCAGACUGCCGUGCGCCUGCUGCUGCCCGGGGAGUUGGCCAAGCACGCCGUGUCCGAGGGCACCAAGGCCGUCACCAAGUACACCAGCUCCAAGUAAACUUGACAAGUAAGCGUCCUGUCAUCCGGCCCCAAAGGCUCUUUUCAGAGCCAUCCACACUUUCUAAGAAAGAGCUUGUUUUGCUGAGUAGCUUUGGUUACAAGUAAAGAGUGAACAUUAACUUGCUAAACAUACAUAGUUUGACGUAAACCUGUAGGAUUCUAGCUGGCUUAUGGGAUUUGCCCAGUGCACUUUUGCCUAGUAAGUCACCAAUGCAAAGAACACCUCGUAUCUUUGUGAUGCAAAACGAUUUGGAAGUUCAGUGGAGAAACUGUAAUCGUUCCAGCUCCUUCCACUGAUCUCUGUAGCCCUGUUUCAUUGCCUCCAGGUGUGAAGCAUUAGGCAGGCUCCUGGAUGGUAGGUCUCUGUUGAUUAUUAUUAGACUGUAGAAUUACUCAGCUGGUUUGUCUAGUUCUUGCUCCCCAGGCUGAAAGAGGCCCAUGUUCUGUCUGUUUAAUACUUUCUCACCUACUUAACUGAGGCUGGUUACCCCGGGACGUAUCCACGCUUGGCCCACCGUCUCCCAUUAACAUUAUAAGCGUUGUUAAAGGCCCAUUAGCCGUGUAACCAUUUUGGUUCCAAAGUUCUUUCUCCUGGAGCCGAGUGAAGAGCCAGUAACGUUUCUUCUCUACCUCUUCAAUUCUCUAAAAUAACAUUCCCAGGAACGCAGCCUGUCUUUUCAUUUCUGUAAGCAGGGAGUCCAGUGCCUCUGAGGAUGGGCGGAAGCCCUUUUAAAGGGAGGCCUGGUCUGGUGGCUGUGCUGGGACUACUGGCUGCCGUAAGUCCAGGAAAACCUACUGUUAGUGUCUUUGCUCAAGAGUAAGGACUCGCGGAGUGGAUUGCAAGAACAAAACACGUGUGGCCUGUUUGCCUUUUAAAGCUAACUUGGAGAUUUGCUUCCUUGAGGCACCCACCAUUCUUCACUCUUGCCUGCACCCCCGCACACUGGUCUCAAAAGUGCUAAGAAAGAGCACCUGCAUACCUUAGCACUAGGUGCUAAGAAAGAGCAUACCUGCAGUGGGGAAGUCCCAGCAUCUUCAGAAGAAACAGUUAAGAAAAUACAAACUCUAAAAAGAAGCUUGGAGGGAAGCAAAAUGGAGGCUGCUGAAUGGGGCAGAUCAUGUGGUGGGGCCGGGAAGGUGCUCUAGGACUUGGAAAUCCUCUCGCAGGACUGGAGGCUGGAAUGGAGGGAAAUGAAUGUGGAACAAUAAGUAGAAGGUGGGGCAAAGAACUUCCCAUACUGAGGAGCUUUGUACACCCUGAAAAUAAAUAUAAAGUUUAUCUACUAGGGGAAGGCAGACUCUGCCGCAUUUUAAAAUCUUGUAAAAUAUAUGAUUCAGAAUCAUUAUUCUGGGGACCCAGUUGAGAAUGGAUGGAAAGGGGGGGAGGUGUUCAGGUCAAAAGUUUGGAAAUCCCAGCCAGAGGUGAGGAUCGGAACGAGGAGGAGGGGAAGAAAGCGGGAUAAAGGGGAAGAGGCAGCAGAAUGACUUACAGGGGCCGGUGAAGGAGGGGAGCCCGGAAUGUCUCGCUUUCAGCUUGUGCGACAUCAGCACUCAAGAAAGGGGCUACAGAAAGUGGGCUUGUGAGGAAAGGAGACUUGCCAUGUUCAUUCCAACUCACUGCCUCAAAGCACCCAGGCAUAUAUGGAAUAUCUAAAGCUUAAAAGAGUUUGAGAAAACUGCAGAAGCCGGAAGGUCACUAGGAUCUUCCCACCCACCCCACCCC